UCGAGUAUCAUAUUUCACGGAAUCUCGCCACAUCUGGAGCCAGUUGACCGAAAGCAAGGCAAAAUGGCGAGGGGAGGAUUGCAUGCGAUUUCCGUUUGCAUACUCAUGGUGCUUUCAUCCUCCUGUAAACAGCUCGCCGUCUCCCAAUCAACGGUCAGAUAUCUUCCCGGAUUUUCUGGCCCUCUCCCCUUCCGUCUAGAGACCGGGUACGUUGGUGUGGGGGAAUCGGAAGAAAACCAGCUAUUUUACUACUUCGUGGAGUCUGAGAAGAGCCCAAAAGAAGACCCUCUUGUGCUGUGGCUCACAGGCGGUCCUGGCUGUUCUGCGUGGAGCGGUCUUGUCUACGAAAUAGGUCCAUUGUAUUUUGAGUAUGUUCUAUAUAAUGGAUCUCUACCAACUUUGAAGCUCAGACAACAUUCAUGGACAAAGAUUUCCAACAUCAUCUUCCUUGAUUCACCUGUUUGGACUGGAUUUUCAUAUUCAAGUGCUUCAAAAGUUGACUUAAGUGGAGAUAUAAAAUCUUCCAAGGAAGUUCAUCAGUUUCUAAGGAAGUGGUUGACAGAUCACCCACAGUUCGUGUCGAAUCCUCUCUACAUUGGUGGUGACUCAUAUUGUGGCCUAACUAUUCCUGUCAUUGUUCAUGAAAUAGCAAAUGGGAUUGACGCUGGGCAGGAACCAAUCCUGAAUCUCAAGGGUUAUUUUCUCGGAAACCCCAAGAUGGAUAGAGUAAUAGAUGAGGGCUCAUUUGUACCGUACGCCCAUGGGAUGGGUCUUAUAUCGAACGAACUCUAUGAGUCAACCAAGAAAAGUUGUAGAGGAGUUUAUGCAAAGGCUAGCAAUUUUAAAUGUUCAGAGGAUCUUGAGGCAGUAAAUAAGUGCAUUACAGGACUUAAUUCCGUUCACAUUUUGGAGCCCAAAUGCCCCUUUGCAUCUCCAAAGCCAAAAGAUACAUUGGAACACGGAAGAUCUCUUAAAGAGAAUUCUAGAGCGCUCCUCCUCCCAGAUCCCCUUCCUACUCUUGGGUGUAGGACUUACGGGUAUUUGCCCACCUAUUAUUGGGCAAAUGAUGCAAGUGUUAGAAAGGCUCUCCACGUCCGUGAGCGGACGAUUGGAGAAUGGGAACGGUGCGCUACGGACCUUCCUUAUGUUGAAGAUCUCAAGAGCAGUGUAAAAUACCAUCUCGACCUGAUCACAAGAGGCUACCGAGCUCUGAUAUAUAGCGGUGAUCACGACUUAAAGGUACCGUUCGUGGGCACGGAAACAUGGAUAAGAUCUCUGAAUCUCUCGAUAGUUGAUGAUUGGCGACCAUGGUCCGGGAUGGCCAAAUUGCCGGAUGAGUCCCUCCUUUUAAUGGGUAGGAUCAAUAAAAUCUAG